AUGAAAGCCAAAGUCAAUUUGUAUAAUCGCCCUCAUGGUCGGAUUGAUACAUACCAAGUGGCAUCCCCUUACAGUAACAACAACAAACAGAAACAUGCCAUUAUAGUCGAUAGAGAACAUAGACUCAAUGCAGCCUAUAGCCCAAGCUACAGCCAAGCAUGCUUAUUAUUGCAGGCUAUUCAAAUGAAUGGUAGACGUCGAUUGAGCUCAGAAUGUAUUUUGCAACUCGCUAAUUUCGUAGCAAAAGCUUGGGAAUUUAGCCCUGAACAAGACAAAAUCGAAGCCCUCGCAAAACUCAUGACAAAUCUGAUGGAUACGACUUUGCUCUGCCCUGAAAAACCGUUUGAUGAAGCAUUGAAGCAAUUUUGCCGUAACAACAUUCCAACUCAUUCUGUAUCACCAAGCAUUACUUUGUUGAUAGCUAUCGGCUAUAUUGAGAGACUGAAGCAGAAAUACCACAACAUCAAAGGCACCAAGGGCUGUGGACAUCGCCUUAUUCUAGUGGCUUACAUGAUGGCUGCCAAGUUUAUGCACGUCAAUCUUCGGUCGAUCAUUAAUACAUCUACCACUCUAUCAGCCUCAGCAAGCACCUCAACAUGCACAUCCCCUUUGAGUUUACCUAAAUCUUUGCCGUCCUUUAGCAACAAUAUAACUGUGUCUGCUGAAAGAUCAACAAUUCAUAAAUAUACCCCAAAUCUUCCACCUAUUUCUGCUACACCCAAACAUCAGGAACAGCAAGACCAGUUACCAUCACCGCCUACAUCACCAAAGUCAUUUGCUUCUGAUCCACUCCAUUACCACUAUUUUCAAUCUACUAAUACUACUUCAUCCAGCACUAAUAACAACACCCAUACCUCCGGCGCUGCACCCAAGCACUCGAAUGCCACUCCUGUAAAUCAUAAUGAAAGACACUUCCAGAUACUGCGCAUGGAAUUGGAAUUUCUGCAUUUCUUAAACUAUGAUUUGUCAUUAUCAGACACACUCAAACUUAUCCAUUGGGCACAGAGGUUUGAUGACGAUUUACUACCGCCUAUUCAAAACAAACAUGCUUCUGGUGAUGAAGGUGGCAGUGAAGGCAGCAGCAAUAGUAGUGAUGACUAG